AUGAAGAUCCUGUUAUACAAUGGAACAUUUACAUUUAUUGCCAUUUUCCUGUUUGCCCUUUUACCAACGGGACUUACGCAAAAUACCGUAAAAUAUUCAGAACUUACCUACACAGAAACGUCUAGACAGCCUAACCUUACUGGAGAACAACCUUUUGUCUUAUUUAUUACACAUUAUCAAGACAGUGCGGAUACGGCAGUUAUUCGCAUCAGUCGAAUGAAUUACUUCAAUUACUUCACUAAUAAUUAUUGUUAUGAGCAGAGGCUAUUACUUCGUGUUAUUCAAGCAAAUGGAAGUGUCAUUGAAAUAAAUUUCGAUAACAUUGAAGAAAUACAAGAUAUUAAUUAUUGCUAUGUUAAUGCUAAAAGUCCUAUAAGCAUAUACCCAUUGUUUGACAAAUACAUUCUGGUGUCAUACGCUCAUGCAACUGAUACCUCUGAUAAUACAACUUUUAUGGAUAGGGGAAUGGUUUUAGAUUGGAAUGGGAGAAUUAUAAGUAAAAUCGAUUUUGGACCAUCAUACUUAGCCCCAGGCACCAAUGCAUGGAUUCCAAAUGAAUUUAUAGUAAAUAAUAUCUUCCCUAAAAGGGGAUUUUUGCGUCUAUCUGCGGUUAACGGGACAAGUGAUUUUGAAUGGAGUCAAUAUGCAUAUAAUGGCAAUGGAAGUUUCAGUUUAUUACAAAGUGAUAGAGUCCAUAGUAUAGAUUUUACCAGCUUUCAAGUUACCGUACUUGCUACCAUAAGUGGUGGUUAUGCAAUUGUGCAUGCUAAUACAACCAGAAGGAAUGCAACCUCUAAUACGUUAUCUGAUCAAUUUAUUGCGAGUGCAGGGUUAUAUGCCAUAAUAUUGGAUUAUAAUCAAACAAAUACAGGCAAACCCAUUAUUCUACACGAGAUGCCUACUCCUAAUAUUGAUAUAACAUUCAGCUAUUUAUACUGCUCUGUUGAUUAUGUUUACAUUGGACACACAUGUGUUUUAGCUGGAAGGUCAACUAAUAGUACUAUAAUAAUUAUAACUCCGACUACGACCGCAGCCGUACCGGUUACUACCACUGUAGUAACAACUACUCCAUUUUAUAUAUCGACACGUUUUCUUUCCGCCGGAUCUGUACUAAAAUUGGAUCCAGUAUUUAAUAUAUCGUUAAACAGCGUAUCAAAUAUCAGAACAUUGCCUCUUGGUGGAUAUGCAUUAACGUCACGAACAUAUUAUUUACAAGUUAUAAAUUUCACUUUUGAUCUUUAUGAUGAAGAUAAUAACCUGUUCAAUUAUAACUUUCCAAUAAAACCUAUUACUGCAAAUUUAGUUGGCGCAUUUGACAUAUUACAAAAUAAUACGAUGAUAGUAGCACUAAAUGAGACAACUUCUUCUUGGCGUCUUCUUUCAAUCGAUCUGCCUAAACUUGCUCCAUAUAUCGAUAGCGGUUAUGGUAAUUUACAUGUAAACUCAACAUAUCCUCAAAAAGGCUUCAAUAAUCUUUCAUUGAAUACCGAAGGGAUUAGUAUCAUGUUUAAUGAUCGCAUCUCAUUCUCGUUUACGGAUGCCAAUUUAACCAUCCAUCAGAUAAUUAACAAAACUGAUAUUCUUCGACAAUCAAUUAAUUCAAGAACUUGUAAUAUCCUGGGAAGUCUACGAUUAACAACCAAUGGAACUCAAUAUUUUCAAGGAUUGAAUAGCUCAGAACGACAUGAUUUUUUCACUAAUUUAAUAAAUGAACUCGUAAUGAUAAUUCCGACAAAGGAAAGAAGAUUGAAAUCAAAUGAGCAUAGUCAAUUUGAUACAUCUUCUAUCGAACCGAAAAUUCUUAUUUCGCUUUCCAUUAUUGCAGCAAAAAGUGGUGAUAAAAAGAAUGCUACAGCGAUGAGAGAUGAUUUAGAUCUAUUGAUAUCAAAUAAAAUAUACACAAACAUAUCAAGGGGGCCUACCACAAAUUAUUUAGAUGAAACUUAUGGAUAUAAGCCAAAUGCGUCAGCAGCAGAGUUCUUUGAUUUACAUAAGACAAAGAUUAUUCUAUUAUUUGUAGCUGUAUUUCUAUUUUUAUUAUUGUUCAUAAUAGCCAGGUUUAAGUCACCAGAGAGUGAAAAUUUCGCAAUUUUCCAACUUUGUAUUGCUUUAUUUCGUAUUGGCACCCUUACAGCAUUUGUUUUUACUGAUGCUAAAGGUAUCCAAAAUCUAUACAUACCAAGUAUGAUAUUUUUAGUAGUUCCCGCAGUAUUCAAUCUAAUUUUAGCAUCUUCAAUACUAUUUAUGGAGAAGGAUACAAAAUUUAUUGAAUGGUUUGCAAAAUAUGGAAGAAUUGCUACUUCAUUCGCAUUAUUAUCUAGCUCAAGUAUUGAUGUGCUACUAGUAUUAAAAUCGUAUUUAUUGAAAUUUGAACUUUUCAAUGCACCAUUCUCAGAUAAGUCAUUGAAAUUGAUUUUUUGGGGGUCUUGCACUGACAUUCUUUUGGCAGAUAUUCCACAGCUUGUUAUUCAGAUAUUUUAUGUUCUUUAUAGCGUCGAAAUCGAUAUUUUAUUAAUAUUCUCUUUAAUAGCAUCAGGCCUUUCGGUGCUUUCCAAUUUGCUUAGCAAAUUAUUCUUUAUUAAAUUCAAAGCAUAUUCACCUUAUUUAAGCACUUUAUAUGUGCAUCAUACUCUCGAAUCAAAGGAUUUGGAUGAUUAUAAGCCAACCGAGGAACUGAAUAAAGACAUAUAA